AUGAGCGGUACCAAUACUCCCCAGACCGAAGGGAAGCAAAUCAAGCGCGCGUGUACAGAAUGUCGACAGCAGAAAGCCCGGUGUGAUGCUUACCUUGAUCCGGACAACCCUUGCUCAAGGUGUCGAAAAAUGAACAGGCAGUGCAUCAUUUCGGAGCCAUUCAAAAGAGAGCACAAGCGCAAGCGUAUCUCCGAACUUGAACAUCGAACAGGCGAACUACAAGAACAACUGAGGUCCUCCAGUCAGCCUGACGCCUCGGUACUACCAGAGUCCUCAUGGACCGCCGUGAAUGAUCGUCGAACUGCCGAAUCUGAGAGUCGACUAGCGUCGGUAGCACCGUUUUUCCGAGAUGCUACUAUCGCACCGAUAUCAUUCAGGUCAUUUUCCCAAGCUGCUGAGACACUGCAAACCCCAGAAAGUCUAGCUCAAGAUCUUCAGUCGUCUGGCACUCUGCCACGGAGCUUGGAGGGACAUACAAUCGACUCCAAGGAUAUCGAUGCAUUAUUCCAAAUAUAUUUCCGUGACUAUGCAAGGCUGAUGCCGAUUCUCGAUCCUUCUAUCACCCCCAAUGCGUACUAUGCGCUCUCGCCGUUUCUUUUCUGGGCCAUCAUUGGAGUCGGUUGUCGUACCUAUCCCAAAAACCCGACCUUACUUUCCGCGUUGCCAUCAAAAAUUCAAACCAUGGCUUUGCUCACCCUGAACUCCACUGUCACAUUACAGAUUAUCCAAGGAUUACUGCUGAUUCUCUAUUGGCCCUUUCCCAAGUCCAGUACUGGAUCCGACUUGAGUUUCCCGCUGAGUGCGGCCUUGCUCCAUAUGGCCAUGCAAAUAGGACUCCACCUUCCUGUGGCCAGUCAGGAAUUCUGCAAAGUCCGGAUUAGGCUCACGGACGACGAAGUUCAUAAACGUGCCGAAACUUGGGGCCAUUGCAUGCUCCUUUAUCAACGCUCGUGUCUCAUAAAAGGGCUCCCGGCAUUUCCCGUCGUCGACGUCCCUCACGACCUCGACCAAAGACGGGCAUUAUUCCAAAAAAUUUCGGGAAAAUUGCAAUUCGAGCUAAAACUGCAGGAUGUCGUCACCAGAUGUUGUAUCGCCGUGUCACAAAAUGGACUUCGUGUCAUGACCUCUGAACAGGAGAGAUCACUAGACACGUUGCUUACCGUUUUUCAAGCCCAGAUUGGUAAUCUCGAUCAUCUCUAUGUCCAGCUUGCGACCCUGAGCAUCCAAUCGCUCAAUCUUUACAAGUCUCCGAUAGCACAGGACCCGACAUCACUCUACGACCUUUGCACCGCGUCUUGUCAAGUCAUUGAAUCUUUUGACAAUCUUGACAAGACUGGACAAAUUUGCCUGGCUGCAUCGGGGAUUUUUUUCUAUUUCGGCCUUGCAUGGCCUUGCCACACUCUUCUCCGACUGCUCAAGACUUCGUUUUCACGGUACAUCGACGUAGAGCGGGCCAAGGCUGCGCUCUUCCUCGGUAUCAGUCUCCACAAACGAAUGUCGUUGCAGAACGACGAUCUCCCGGCCAGGAAUGGCGUUGCGCUUACUCAGCUGUGGAACAGCAAUAGGGUGUUCAAAAAGCCAAAUGGCUCAGAGGCUAUAGCUUUGCGAAUUCGAAGUCGAUUGACGGGGAGUGUCGUUCUUGACGGACUCGUCUGGUGGAGGGAGGAAUUCGGUGGAUUCGUGGGCAUUUAUCCGCCUCCUUUGACAGACAAUCCGAGCAAUCCUCCGGGAAGCGAUGGAUCAACCACGUCAAAUAUGAAUGCUGCCAACGGGAGUGCCGCAUCAGCUACUAUAAAGCCAGAUUAUUCGAAUUUCCUGGAUGACCCUAUGCUGGCAGAGUUUGGUUGGCCUGUUGGUGACGACGUCCUAUCGGGAUCCUUAUGGGCUGAAGGUCCUCUGGGAACAGUGUGA